AUGUCUUCAGAGAAGAUUCUCCAUGAGGAUAAUGGGUCUUCCUCAGGGUCCUUGAGGUCUGACGACAGUGACAGCAAUCCGGACAGUGCCUCAGACUCCCUGAACAGCCUUUACAAAACCAAUGAUAAUACUUGUGCCGAAAACUGCAUUGAAGAAACCAAAUGCGAGGUGAACAAGAAAAGGGGAACGUGUUGCAGUCCCGUGGUCCAGUGCGUGUGGGGAGUCCUGCUGAUACUACUCUCGAUAGGCAGCUUUAUAUUCACGCCUCUAGACUUCAUGUUACUAGAGAAACUGAACAUGAGGCCUGGCAUGCCUCCCUACGAAUGGUGGUCAGAUCCACCUGAUGAGGUCAAGUUGAGGACCUACGUCUUCAACGUGACGAACCAUGAGAGGUUCCUUCAGGGACUUGAUCAGAAGCUGAACGUGGAGGAGAUUGGACCUAUAGUUUAUUUAGAAAAACUCCUCCACUCGAACGUUCGUUUCAACGAGAACAGCACGAUGACGUACACUGCGAAGAGGUUCCCCAUAUACCUGCCGGACCUCAACAAUAUAGACCUUAAUGCUACCAUCAUAGUGCCUAAUGUCGGUGUUUUGGGCAUAUUCUCCUACCUCCACAACGCCAAUUACUUCGUGAAGACGGUACUCAGGUCUCUAGUCAGCAUGUACAAUCCAGAGCCAUUCGUCCAGGUCUCCAUAUAUGACUAUCUCUGGAACUUCACCGACCCAGUUCUGGAAAUGUCCAGGAGUUUGGUGCCUGGUCUGGUGCCUGUUAGCAAUACUGGAAUGUUGGCUAGGGUAUAUGCAGACUUCAAGGACGAAAUGACGGUGAAGAUUGGACCCCAGUGGGGUCACAAGGAGUUCUUCCAAAUAGAUCGGUUCAGGGGACAACCGCAAAUUCCUGGAUUUGAUCCUGAUGUAUGUCCAGAUCGCAUAUUUGGGUCGACAGAGGGCGUCAUGUACGCGCAGCGGCUGACCAAGCAGGAUGUCUUACAAUACUGGAGAAAGACUGUUUGCAAGCUUAUGCCUUUGUAUUUUGAUAGCGAGCUAACCAUGUACAACGUGCCUCUGUACCGCUACAAUCUAUCAGAAAACGCAUUCGAUCGAGUUACGAAUGGCACAGACUGUUACGAUACUGUGCCAAGCCUUCACCCUGGCCUUAGUGAUACAUCGAAGUGUUAUUUCGAUUUUCCACUGGUGGCUUCAUUCCCGCAUUUUUACACUGGCGGCAUACCAAAAGACAAGUUUGUGACGGGCCUCAAGCCGGACAGAUACAAGCACAACUCAUUUGUUAUUUUGGAACCGUACACUGGUACGCCUUUCGAAGCUGUAGCGAGGAUGCAGAGCAAUCUACUGGUCCACGAUCUUACAGGGUUCCAGGAGAAAUUCGCCAACGUAUCCAAUUCCGUGAUACCACUAUUUUGGGCUGAAUAUCACCAAGAGGGCCUGCCAUCGAAAAUAAGAAAAACUGUAUAUUUCUCAAUAGUUAUUCUACCGCCAUUAUCAAUUAUUAUAUCAACUACCAUGCUCUUAAUCGGCAUAUACUUACUCAGUAAACUCAUUUAUUCAAAUAAUUUAGAGAAUGAUAGUCUAAAAUCAAUACUUAUAUUUAAAAGUAAAAAUAAUAUUGCAAAUAAAAAUAAAAUGCUGGCUUUCGAAAAAGAAACGUUUUUGAAAACUAGUUAG